AUGAAGAUAGGAGUUGAAAAAAUCUCUAAGGAGAUCGUGAAGCCUUCGUCUCCUACACCUCAACAUCUUCGUCACUAUCAUCUCUCCUUCCUCGAUCAGUUAUCUCCGGAAGUCAACAAUUCAUGGGUCUAUUUCUUCGACAUUGAAACUUCAAACCUAUUGAACAUCGCCGACGUUUCCGACCGCCUCAAGAAAUCAUCAUCUCAAGUCUUAUCCCAUUUCUAUCCACUUGCUGGAAGACUCUUCAACCAGAGCUUCGUUGACUGCAACGACGAGGGUGUCCCUUAUAUAGAAACCAGAAGGUGCCACCUCAGCCACAUCCUCGACGACCCCGCUCCUGAUUACGUCAGCAAACUGCUUCCUUACGAAAUGGAUGAAGCCAUCGACACAGUCCUCGGAGUCCAAGUCAACAUCUUCGAUUGUUGUGGAAUCGCAGUCGGCAUAUGCAUCUCCCACAAGGUCACCGAUGCGUUGUUGUUUUUCUAG